ACAAACGGGAACGUCACUAUAAAUACACCACACACGCAUCUUACACACGUCCUUAAUUCCCAAAUUCAAUCAAUUAGGUCAAAAUAACAAAUAUGUUGAAGCACAUCGGAAAUCGAGUUUGGGGAUUAGGGCACCAAUCAUCGGUGACCCGAGGUGUGUUACCGAGGCUAUAUCAUGAAAGAGUGGUGGACCAUUACAAUAAUCCACGAAAUGUUGGGUCUUUUGAUAAGAACGACCCGACAGUUGGUACGGGUCUUGUCGGGGCUCCGGCUUGUGGUGAUGUUAUGAAGCUUCAAAUCAAGGUUGAUGAUAAGACUGGGAAAAUUACAGAUGCUUGUUUUAAGACCUUUGGUUGUGGUUCUGCUAUUGCUUCUUCAUCUGUUGCAACUGAAUGGGUUAAAGGGAGACAGAUGGAGGAAGUACUGUCCAUAAAGAACACGGAGAUAGCAAAACAUCUGUCCCUUCCACCUGUUAAACUGCACUGUAGCAUGCUCGCUGAGGAUGCAAUUAAGGCUGCUGUGAAGGAUUAUGAGGUGAAGAAGGCAAAAUUCAGUGGCGGCGCAGAAAGUGCGUCAACAGAGAAAGCAGCUGACGCUUGAUAUUAUAGUGGGAGAAAUAAAAGGCUUCCAGGCAAUGAAGUUGAGCUUAAGAACGAGAAUCAGGGAUGUACGUGUACGUAGUGUGUCUGGGAUUUUCAUAGAUGUAAAUUAUCUCUAUGGCUUUUCGGUUUGUAAUAUUGUUUACUUGGAUGAUGAGGUGAACUUGCUGUGCAAGGUUCUGUUACCCACGUCGUUGAAACGUUUACUAAGAUACUGAAUCUUGCUCCUAUCA